AAGCAAACCAGAAAAUGUAACCUAAAUCGUCGAAUUCUUACGAGGUUGAGCUCAGAAUUCCACGCUGGUGUUGUGUUUUUUAAGAUCAGGGCGCAAAUUCAGAUUAAACUAAAAUUUACUGAGGAUAGUGAAAGAAGUGGUUAAUUUACAAUGCAGGUAUCUCAGAAACAUGAGAUUUGCUUUGGCUCUGUGCAAACUCUGGAAUCAUAUGACUCUUCCUUAGUUCAAGCCAUAGAAUCUUGCUCAACAAAUAACAGUAAUCCAUCAGCUAAUGGAAGCCCAGUAUUAAAGCCACAAAAUUCUCUUGAAUCCUUCUUAACGCUGACACAAGACCUCGAUGACCUUAGCUACAAGCUGCGCGAGCUGGAGACCGCGAUGCUGGGACCUGAUGCAGAAAUUUCAGUCACAUGUGAUGUUGAUGCAGUCAUGUAUGAAGCAGAGAAGUGGAAUAAGACAAUGGAGAUGAUAUCUAGAGGAGACUUGAAAGAGAUGCUUUGUGCUUGUGCAUAUGCAAUGGCGGAGAGUGAUAUGGAGACGAGCGAAUGGCUGAUAUCCAAGCUGCGAGAAAUGGUGUCCAUUUCUGGAAAUCCUCUACAACGUUUAGGAGCAUAUGUGUUAGAGGCUCUUGUGGCUAGACUGUCCUCUUCAGGAAGCAAAAUAUGCAAAUCCUUAAAAUGCAAAGAGCCUACUGCUUCUGAACUCCUCUCCUAUAUGAAUAAAUUAUAUGAAAUCUGCCCAUACUUCAAAUUUGGGUAUUUAUCAGCAAAUGGGGCAAUUGCUGAAGCCAUGAAGCAUGAAAAUAAGGUUCAUAUAAUUGAUUUUCAGAUAAACCAAGGCAUCCAGUGGGUGAGUCUCAUCCGAGCUCUCGCGUGCCGGCCAGGAGGGCCACCGGAGAUUAGAAUAACCGCUGUUGAUGACUCCACUUCGGCUUUUUCCAGAGGAGGAGGGCUUGAGAUUGUGGGGAAAAGGUUAUCAGCACUUGCACAAGCAUGUAAUGUUCCAUUUCAGUUCCUUGCUGUGGAAGUUUCUGCAUCGGAUGUUCAUUUCCAACACUCCGAGAUUUUACCCGGUGAAGCCAUUGCUGUGAACUUCUUCAUGAUGCUGCAUCAUCUUCAAGAUCAGACAAUAGAGCGUUUGUUGAGAUCAGUCAAUUCCUUGAGUCCCAAGGUGGUGACCCUUGUUGAGCCAGAAAAUGAAACCAAUCAUGUUCCCUUCUUCCCACGUUUUGUUCAGACACUUAACUACUACUUGACCGUUUUUGAAUCGAUUGAUGAUGUCAUGCCGAGGGAUGACAGGGACAGGAUCAAUGUGGAACAGCAUUGUUUGGCUCGAGAGAUCGUGAACUUGAUAGCAUGUGAAGGGGAAGACAGAGUGGAACGGCAUGAGACUUUGGAAACUUGGAACUCACGUUUCAGAAUGGCAGGGUUUAGUCCAUAUCCAUUGAGCUCAUUCAUUAAUUUUACCAUCAAGAAUCUUCUGAAGGAUUAUUCCAGAAACUACACUCUACAAGAGAAAGAUGGUGCCCUAUACCUUGGUUGGAUGAAUCAGCCUCUUGUUUCAUCUUGUGCUUGGAGGUGACUAUCCCAUGUCAGAUCAGUCGUUUUCAUUAUUUCAGUCUCAUAGUUUUGGUCCUUAGGUUAUAUUUCAUCCUUGUCUUUGAGACUCAGAUUAGAUUCAUAGCAUCAAAGAUCUUGUUUCAGAAAUACAAGAAGUAACAGUAACAAGCUGGGUGUUCGUCCAGAAUUUCAGGAGGCUAUGUUUUCUUAUAACGUUAAUAAGCUUUAUAUGUUCUAUUAAAUUCUAUUGACAUGGAAAA